AGAGAGAGAGGGAGAGACGGUGGCACCGAGGGCGCCGGGAGGGACUGCCUGAGCGCAGUGCUCGGCGUGAGGGGAGGGAGGGGGAAAUUUAAAAGCCAAAACCCAACCCCCAAAAUUACAAAUAUUUAAAUUUAAACAAAAAAGUGAGGGAGGUGUAGAAGGAGAGUGCUUCAACUUUUUCUCUCUCUGCCCAGCAAGGAAAGUUUCAUCAACAUACAGCUGGUUAGUUUGAACCUUGCCUGAAUUUAUGGCCUUCUGAUGCAGGUGGUCAGGAGUUUUAAACAAUGCAGCAAGGCUUCACAAACUCUUAGCUGCAUCCUUUAAUCAUGACUGCAUUUCAAAUAGGUUGAAAGGAAUCUGAGAAGAUCAUGGGGAAUUCAUAUGCAGGGCAACUGAAAUCUGCCCGUUUCGAGGAAGCUCUCCAUAACUCCAUAGAAGCUUCUCUGAGAUGCAGCAGCGUUGUCCCACGGCCAGUCUUCUCCCAGCUGUACCUGGAUCCUGACCAGCCUCCUUUCCUGCCGGAAGGUAACCAUGAAAAUGUGAAGCCAAAGGUAGAAGAGUUGGAUAAAGAGUUAGUACAUCGCUAUUCACAAAAUGGAAACCUGGACUUUUCUACCAACCAAACUGUUAAUGAAAUGGAAGAUGAAGAAGAGGAUGAAGACAUGUCAGAUUCAAGCAGUCCACCAAUCCCAUACUCGCAAAAACCUGCCCCGGAAGGGUCUUGCACUACUGAUGGUUUUUGUCAAGCAGGCAAGGAUUUACGGUUGGUAUCUCUGUGCAUGGAGCAAAUUGAUAUCCCAGCAGGCUUCCUGUUAGUAGGAGCCAAAUCUCCCAACCUUCCUGAGCACAUUCUAGUCUGCGCUGUUGACAAGAGGUUUUUGCCAGAUGAUCAUGGAAAAAAUGCACUUUUAGGAUUUUCUGGGAAUUGUAUAGGCUGUGGAGAAAGAGGAUUUCGGUACUUCACAGAGUUUUCCAAUCAUAUCAACCUGAAAUUAACCACUCAGCCAAAGAAGCAGAAGCACUUAAAGUACUACCUAGUAAGAAGCUCCCAAGGUGUACUGUCAAAGGGACCCCUUAUCUGCUGGAAAGCUGCUUCAUUUGCAGAAUGUAGAAGCAGGCAAUCAUCUGCUGCUAGCCUCUCUGCUAAGCCAAAUCCUUCGGUGUCACCGUCCGCGACCCCAGAGGGUGGAUCCGCUAAUGGAUACAAGUCAGGGUUCACUCAGACAGAUUCUUCAGUGUUCAGUCCAGCAAAAUCAUCUUCUGCUGCUGUUAACUUAAGUGGAACACAAGACCCAUCCCGGAACAAGAACAUUGUGAAACCUCUGGCUCUGUCAGUACAGCUCGUAGGAAAGGCAUUUGCUGCAGCUCCUCUUUCACUGCGUGCCACGGAUGUUGCUAAUGGAAACGCUAAUGGAGGAAGAAAUAAUGCCUUGAGUACUACAGUCUCUCGGCCAAUGCCUCACUCGACAUCUCCAAGUCCUGGCUGUGCAGCUGGAGAUCAAGCAUCCAUGUCCAGUUCUGGACCACCAAAGAAACGCCACCGAGGAUGGUCUCCUGGGUCCCCAGUCCCACCUCCUGCUUUAGCAGUACCUGUUCCUACGAUCCGGCCUGCGACAAGAACAGAGCCUCUUUUGUCAGUCCCAGUUCCUCAAUCCAUGUUAACUGGAAUUUUACAGCCUCAACCCAUCCCAGCAGGGGAGACUGUAAUAGUUCCUGAAAACCUGCUGAAUAACUCGGGAGUCAGACCAGUGAUUCUGAUAGGCUAUGGCACUUUACCUUAUUUCUAUGGAAAUGUUGGUGAUAUUGUUGUAAGUCCCUUACUGGUGAACUGCUACAAGAUUCCACAGCUGGAAAACAAGGAUUUGGAUCUCUUGGGAUUGUCCAGCAGUCAGCUGCUAAGUGUGGAGAAUAUGAUACUUUUAACUAUUCAGUAUCUUGUCCAGCUAGGUCCUGACCAGAUACCCCUGAGGGAAGAAUUUGAGCAGAUCAUGCUGAAAGCUAUGCAGGAGUUCACUCUGAGGGAGAGAUCCUUGCAGAUGAGUGCACAGUGCAUCUCCGUGUCACCAGGUCAACUCCCUUGGCUUGCCAGGUUAAUCGCCAGCGUGUCCCGGGAUCUCGUGCACGUGGUUGUCACCCAGAACUCCCUGGCAGAGGGCAUCUCGGAGACCUUGAGGUCUCUCAAUGAAAUGAAGCAUCAGCAAAAGCUGCCAGAUUAUGUAGUUGCCAUUUGUGCAUCCAAGAUUAGAGGAAAUGAAUUCUGUGUAGUGGUUCUAGGUCAGUAUCAAUCUCGGGCACUUGCAGAGAGCAUGCUUACCACCAGUGAAUUUUUAAAAGAGAUCAGUUAUGAGCUCAUUACAGGGAAAGUUAGUUUCCUGGCAUCACAUUUCAAAAAUACAUCUUUAGGUGAUGAUUUGGACAAGCUGCUGGAGAAGAUGCUACAGCAGCGAGGGGAAAGUGUCAUUAUUCCUUUUAAUGGAGAUGUUAGCGAGUGUGUGUCAUCUCAGGAGGCAAUUGCCAUGGUUUCUACGCAAGAACCAGAUUUGGAUGUUGAUACCUUCCAAAUUUACCAGCCACAGCUCACAGUUGCCAGAAAGCUCUUGUCCCAGGUUUGUGCUAUAGCAGACAGUGGCAAUCAGAGCCUGGAUCUGGGCCACUUCAGCAAGGUGGACUUCAUCGUUAUCGUGCCCCGUUCGGAAGUCCUGGUGCAGCAGACCCUUCAGCGGAUUCGACAAUCAGGUGUGCUUGUGGACUUGGGCCUAGAAGACAAUGGGACAGCCUAUCAGAGAGCUGAGAAAUACGUGGUCCGGCUGGACAAUGAGAUUCAAGCUAAAUUUGAAGUGUUCAUGAGGCGGGUGAAGCAGAACCCCUACACGCUCUUUGUGCUGGUUCAUGACAAUGCCCACGUGGAUUUAACCAGUGCCAUUUCAAGUUCCCUGUCACAUGGUGAGCCUAAUCAUGGUCUGGCUGAUAGAGUUAUUAAUUGCAGGGAGGUGCUUGAAGCGUUCAACCUCCUUGUUCUUCAGGUCAGCUCUUUCCCUUAUGCCCUGCAAACACAGCAGUCCCGGAUCAGCUCUAGCAAUGAGGUACAUUGGAUACAGUCUGACACUGUGGAUGAUGCAGCAAGUGAAGAAAAGCUAUACUUUGGUUUGAAUGAAUACAGCAAAUCCCUCCAGUGGGGAGUCACAAGUCCCCUUUUGAGAUGUGAUGAAACCUUUGAAAAAAUGGUCAACACGCUUUUAGAAAGGUACCCGCGGCUGCACAGCAUGGUGAUCCGCUGCUACCUGCUCAUCCAGCAGUAUUCCCAAGCUCUGAUGGCCCUGACCACCAUGGCCUCUCUGAGGGACCACAGCACACCUGAAACACUCAGCAUCAUGGACGACCUCAUCACAAGUCCAGGAAAGGACAAGAACGGCUGUGGCCACAUGCUGGUCAUUCGGGUGCCGUCGGUGCAGCUGGCCAUGCUGGCCAAGGAGCGGCUGCAGGAAGUCAGGGACAAGCUGGGGCUGCAGUAUCGCUUUGAGAUCCUCCUGGGGAACCCUGCCUCGGAGCUCACUGUGGCCAAACACUUCGUCACACGGCUCAAGGCUUGGAGGGGCAAUGAGCAGGAAGACUGGAUUCCUCGCACCUAUCAGGAUCUGGAAGGUCUACCUUGCAUUGUUAUUCUCACUGGCAAAGACCCUCUGGGAGAGACUUUCCCCAGGUCGUUGAAAUACUGUGACCUUCGACUGAUUGACUCCAGCUACUUAACUCGCACUGCUUUAGAGCAAGAGGUGGGCCUGGCAUGCUGCUACGUCUCCAAGGAGGCAAUUCGAGGGCCUAUUGUAGCUCUUGACCUCAGUGAGAAGGAGCAGGAGAAGGCAAAUGGCAGCGAGAAUGACUCUGAUGAGCUGCUGAUAGACUUGGACCGGCCCCAGAGCAACAGCAGUGCUGUCACUGGAACCUCAGGCUCCCUGGCUGACAAUGGUGUGAGCUCCUCGAGUGCCACAGACAAGUCUCAGAAGCAGGCACCAUCCCUGAACUUCCAGGCUGUGGCACACAGCUCAGUAGACGAGGGAGCUUACUCCAGCUUUACAGCCAGAGAGACCCUGAAACAGGAAUGUGACUCGCUGGGUAACCAGAUGGCCAGCAGCACCACUCCCAAGCUCUCCUCGCUGUCUUCAGUCUCCCAGACCUUCCAGUGGCCUGCCCAGUCAGCCAAGGACAGCAGGGCUGUCCGUGUGGCGCUGCCGCGCAUCGUCAUCCUGUCCAAAGCCGCCUACUGCCUCCUGAGCUCACAGAAAAAUGGGAACUUGCCUUCCUCCUCUUCCCUCCUGCCUCACGCUGACGUGUCUUGGCUGAGCUCCCUGAGGCCUCUGCUGCACAAGGACAUGAGCAGUGAGGAGCAGUCCUUGUACUACAGGCAGUGGACGACGGCCCGGCAGCACCACGCGGACUUCAGCAAUCAGGCCGAGGCGUCUGGCACCAGGACUUUCCACCCCCGGAGGCUGCUUCUGACAGGGCCACCACAAGUUGGAAAGACUGGUUCAUACUUGCAGUUCCUAAGGAUUCUCUUCCGCAUGCUGAUCCGGUUGCUGGAAGUGGAUGUGUAUGAUGAGGAAGAGAUUAAUGCCAAUCAUACAGAAAACAGUGAAGUUACUCAGUCUAGCAAUGACCACUGGCCAGACAUUGAGAUCUUCAGCAAAAUAUCUUUUGACCUGAGUGUACAUGACCCUAAGUACAGAAAUAUAAGUCCUGUGUACACAGAGCAACUCUCAAGAGUGAAACAAGAAGCAAGCAAAGAAACAAAAUCAGAAGAACCUAAGAAAAGGGAGACCGUGUCCAUGAUGCUGACUAAAUAUGCAGCUUACAACACCUUCCAUCACUGUGAGCAGUGCCAUCAGUACAUGGACAUUAAUCCUGCUGCACAGGUGUCUGACUCCACUCUGCAUGCAUUCACGUUUUCAUCCUCGAUGCUGGGAGAAGAGGUUCAGCUGCAUUUUAUAAUCCCCAAGUCCAAAGAGAACCAUUUUGUCUUCAGCAAACAGGGAAAACAUCUCGAAAGCAUGCGACUCCCACUCGUUUCUGACAAGAAUUUGAAUGCAGUCAAGAGUCCUAUCUUCACCCCAUCAAGUGGGCGUCAUGAGCAUGGGCUCUUGAACCUCUACCAUGCCAUGGAAGGCAUCAGCCACCUGCACCUCCUGGUAGUCAAGGAGUAUGAAAUGCCACUUUACCGAAAAUACUGGCCCAACCACAUCAUGCUUGUCCUGCCAGGCAUGUUCAACAACGCUGGAGUUGGUGCUGCCAGGUUUCUUAUUAAGGAACUUUCCUACCACAACCUGGAACUGGAGCGAAACCGCUUGGAGGAGCUGGGAGUGAAGCGCCAGUGCGUGUGGCCCUUCAUCGUGGUCAUGGACGACUCCUGUGUCCUGUGGAACAUGCACAGCCCCCACGAGCAGUCCAGCCAGUCCCUGGAGCCUGGGAGUUUCAGCAAGAAUGUGUCUUUGAAAAGUGUCCUCCAACACAUUGAAGCCACCCCCAAAAUUGUUCAUUAUGCAAUACUGGGUGUUCAGAAAUGGAACAGCAGGCUGAACACCAGGAAAUCAAAGGCUCCAUUCUCCAGGUGCCAUGUGCGUGAUUUUAUACUGCUCAACAUAGACCUGACCCAGAAUGUGCAAUAUGACCUAAACAGGUACUUCUGUGAAGAUGUGGAUUUUAAUCUGAGGACCAACAGCAGCGGCCUCCUCAUCUGCCGCUUCAACAACUUCAGUGUCAUGAAGAAACAUAUUCAGGUUGGAGGACAAAAGGACUUUGUUGUUAAGCCAAAAAUCAUGGUCUCAGACAGCGUGGCACCAAUAAUGCCUCUUCAGUACGUCUGUGCCCCUGACAGCGAGCACACAUUGUUGGCAGCCCCGUCUCAGUUCCUCCUGGAGAAAUUCCUUCAACAUGCAACCUACAAACUCUUCCCCAAGGCCAUCCACAACUUCAAGAACCCGGUAUUGGCCAUCGACUGCUACCUGAACAUCGGGCUGGAGGUGGCCAUCUGCUACAUUAGCUCUCGCCCCCACUCAGUCAAUGUCAACUGUGAAGGGGUGUUCUUCAGUGGACUUCUGCUCUAUCUCUGCGACUCCUUCGUCGGUGCAGACCUCCUCAAGCGGUUCAGGUUUCUCAAAGGUGCCACCCUGUGUGUCAUAUGCCAAGACAGAAGCUCACUACGGCAGACAAUAGUUCGCUUGGAGCUGGAGGAUGAGUGGCAGUUCCGACUUCGGGAUGAGUUUCAAACUGCAAACAGUAGUGAUGAUGAACCACUCUAUUUCCUUACGGGACGCCACAUAUAAGCUUCGCUGAGACACUGCUAACAAAAGAAAAAAAAAAGAACUUUUUUUUUUAAAAAGUACAAUCACUGUGGAGCAAAGUGCAACCAAUAUUUAUCUUGACUGCUCUAAAGGAUUCCCCACAUUCUGAAGUAGCUUUAUUCUUUGGGGUAAAAUUACCACAUCAGUUAUGAUUAAAAGGAUCCUGGAUUCCAGUUUAUUUUCACAUCAUUCACAACCACCGACAUCAAUCACACAGCCAACCAAGCUGUAGGAUCUGGGAAGAGGAUGUUGUUUUGUCAAAGAAGAAUCCUUUCUAUAUUCAGCUGAGUUAGGGGAAGAAGCUGCUCCCCUCUUGCAGCUGUAAGCUUGAAUGUGUUACCCUAGCAUGUGGAAUUUAUUGAAGAUAGGUGGAGAGCCCACCACGUCUUUUCAGCUCUGUGCUGUGGUACAGGAAUACUCAGGGGUUUGAAACUACAAUAUAAAGUAGAUAUUUGUAUUACGAGGAAUAGUCUUGUUCUCUGUGCAGUGUUAGUUUAAAAUUUGUAAUUGUGUACGUAUUGAAACUGUCUUUGGCAAAAUUUCCACAGGUGUUCGAAGUUUACUACUUAAACCUGAACAAAUGGGCAAAUGCAUGGCAGGCACUGUGCACCCUCAGCAAUGGUAUUUCGCCCCAGCAGGCACCCCCUCCUCAGCUCCAGGGCCCAAAGCAAAAGGCUUCUCAGAGCUGCUCUCUCUUCAGUUAGAGGCCAGAGUAACUUCCCAGCAAUUCACCCUCAGUUUCUCACUCUCCUCAGAGCUUUGGAAACUUGCAGUCCAUUCCUCUUUGUGUAUGGAAAUGCAUCCUCCUGUUCAUCCGGUGCCUUUGUGGUGGACUGACUGCCUGCAACUCCCUCUCCGUUUCCUUUAUACUCAACUCCAGCUGGCUGCAGAGCUGAGAUCAGGUCUGAGUUGUACCUGUAUGAAGCAACACACCAAGAAACGUGCAGGAGAGUAACAGUGCCUGAGCUGGACCCAAGAGAAACAGAAAGUAUUCCACAGUAGCUCCAAGGGGGGGAGCAGAGGAGAAAUCCCAGGGAGCUGGGACUGCUCACGAGGGAUUCUCCAGUAGCAGAGAUGUGUGACCACAUCACCUGAAACCAUCAUCCACGUACCUCUAUAAACACUGGCUCUGCAGCAGCCACACACAGUUGUAUUUCCAGCUGCAAUACUGCUCCUUGUGAAGGUGUUCCAGAACUAACUCAAUGCUGUAGCAUUUGGCUGUCAGAAGUGGAUGCAGCAGGGCUCUGUUCCCCUCCCACUCAGCAGGUGUUGUCUCACUGAGGUUUGCACACACACCUCCCAACAACUGUCUUUCUGCACAUCGUGACCCUCUCUAUCAAUAAGAAAAAUGCAGAAUGUUCUUAAAGGCUAUUCAGGAAUAUGAAUUUACUCCCCAAAAAAGCAAUGAAAUUAAUGCAUCUUUAUACCUGACUUGCAGUCAUUGCAGAAGGACCUGCCAAAGCUGCAUUUUUUUUUAAGGCAUAGUGUUAAUUAAGCAACUUUUUUUAUCUUGCGAAGAGAUGUUUACAGAUGAAUAAACAUAAUAUAUUUGACAGAGGCCAAAGUAAAAUGGUUUGCAUAUGUGUGUGUUGAUGUAGCAUUAUUUCUGAUGCUGUAAAUUUAGCAAAUUUCACAUGAACAACCCCUCCUUUCAGUAAAUCUAUUUUUAUUUUCCUUCAGAUACAACCUGCCUUACCUAUUUUAACACAGGGAAGAUGUAGGGAUAUACAAGAUGAUUCUUGCGGCGUUUGCUACAUGCCUGAAUGUAUUCCAGUAGCUCUGGUUUUGCCAGAGGGCUUAAGGCCAGCCCCCAGUCUUAGCGUGGUGUAGAAAAGUGUCAGGUAUUACAUGUUCAAAAAUGGUUUCCUUUUUGUUCGUGUAUUUGAUGUUUGCACUAAGUUCUUAAAAUUCCAGGUGCUGAGACUACCAGGAGGAGCUAGCCCGCUGGUGGAGCAGAGCAAAAUCGUCCUGAGGGCUGAGAGUGUAUUUAGAAAAUCAAUGUAUUUGCCUGCCUUUACCAGCUAAUAGUUAAACCCAUUUUCUUAGUGCUGUCCCCUACGGAAGCAAGUUUUGGUAAUGCUGUGGCCACAGUGCACUACACCAGCCCCAACAGCACAGGCCUGUCCCAUGGAACACUUUAAAUCGGCUGCCUGUGAAUUCCUGGCAAAGAGACCCUUGGUUGACAGGCACAUGAUUGCUAUUCCAUUUUGGUUUUAAGCCUUGCCAUUAAGGCCAUUCUUAUGAAUGUAUGAAAAUUGGCCAGCGUUAUAUUUUACCUGUAGAUGUUCUUGUCUAUUCACAGGUUAAAACUGAAUGUAAACUAAGAUUUAAAGAAUCAUAUGCAGAUGCUUUUUGCUUAACUUAUGUAAUUGCUUUUUGUGAAUUUUGGAAGAGGGUUAAAAACGUUGCUUUCCUAGUGUAAAGUUUUCUUAACCAAAAACUUGGUGAAUCUAGCUUCACUAGUCAGUCUACCUCAUGUUACUGUUUAUGAACUGAAACUGUCUGAAGUUGUGGCUAUGGUAUGUUUAUAAUGUGCUUUCAUUAAAUUUGAAUAUAUUAAGUUACCA